AUGGAGCAGAUGGCCAUGAUUUUGAGAUUUUUUGACAAAGAGAAGGGGAGUGUGAGGGAAGAAUCUGUUGUUUUCUCCAAGGUGAACAAGACAACGGGCGAGGAAUUGGCUAAUGCUUUUUUGGAAAAUCUUAGGAAUCUUGGGGUAACUAUAGAUAAAUUGAGAGGUCAAUGCUACGAUGGUGCUGCCAACAUGUCGGGGGAGGAGCUGAAGGAAAAUGACGAAGCAAAGGCUUCAAUGGAGAAAAGACAGAAACUGCAGACACUGUGUGAAACACGAUGGGCUUCUCGAGCAAAUGCUUUAUUUACAUUUAAAGCAUCACUCGAAGUCAUAGAUGAUGCUCUUCAUCGAUUAGCUAAUAUGUCUGACACGAAAGCGCGAGUCUAUACAUGUUCAAUUGAAAGGUUUGAUUUCAUUCUCCCUCUUAUUGUUUGCGAACAUGUUUUACAAAUUCUGGCACCUCUCUCGGAAAUGCUCCAAUCUAAAGCCUCCGAUCUUAUCGAGGCAAUGAAGGAAACAAGGGCAGUCUAUGCCGUUAUUCAAAAUGAGCGUAACUAUGGCACGGUGUGGGACGCAUUGUAUGAAUCGGCUGUCCAGUUAGCUGCCACAAUUGGCACUUUCAGUGCUGACAUCCCAGCCCAAGCUGCCGUAUUUCAUACAGAAAUAAAAAGGUGGAUCGCAAGAUGGUCAUUGGAAGAUCCAGGCAAUUUGCCUUCGACACUUCAGAGUACAUUACAUGGCAUUAAUCCAAAUCUCUACCCGAACAUUUUCAAUGUACUGUCUGUUUUGAUAUCAAUGCCAGUGUCCACUGCAUCAGCUGAACGAUCUUUCAGUGUCAUGAGGCGAGUGAAGAGCUACCUGAGAUCAACAAUGACCACCGAACGUCUGUCGGGGCUGGCCAUGCUUCACGCACAUAAAGACAUGGGGGUGGACACGGAAGCAGUGGUACGAGAUUUUGCCCAGGGGAAAAGUAGACGCCUUGUCUUUUUGUUCAACAAUUAG